AUGUUGGUGCAGUACCACAACCUCCCGGUGCAGAGCCUGCCCAUUCUGCUCCUUUGCUCAGGCUUCCUGGCGCUUCUGUUCCGGUCCUUUGUCCGGCGCGCGAGCGACCUGCGCAAGCAGCGGUCCUGGGGCUGCAAGUCUGUGCCCUCGCGGUUCCAGUGGGAGCCGUUCUGGGGCGUGGAUUUGGUGUGGACGCAGUGGCAGGCGCUGCGGGGCCACUACUUCAUCCCCUGGCUCAGCGAGCUGCACAAGGGCCAGCCCAAGACCUUCCAGAUCACCUUCAUGGGCACGCGGGUCGUCUACACGAUCGAGCCCGAGAACCUCAAGUCCCUGACGGCCAUCAACUGGAAGGACUUCGCCAUCAGCCCGCUCCGUCGCUACAAGAAUGCCGGCGCCGCGUUCGCCAACCGCGGCGUCAACGUCGUCGACGGCGAGGACUGGGUCUUCAGCCGCGCGCUGAUCAAGCCCUUCUUCAUGCGCGAGGUCUACGCCGACACCGAGCGGCUGCGCUCCUACACGGACCAUCUCCUGCGCAUCCUGCCUCCGGACGGAGAGACGGUCAACAUCCAGCCCUACCUCCAGCGAUGGUUCCUCGACGUGACCACCAAUUUCAUCUUCGGCGCGCCCAUGGACGCAUUGACGCACCCCGAGCGCGCACGGGUGACCUGGGCGAUGCUGGACGUGCUGCGGGGCAACCGACUACGACUCCAGAUGUACAAGGUGAUGAACCUGAUCGACUGGUCGUGGUGGCUGCGGGCGAUCAAGAUCGUGCACGCGUACAUGGACGAGCACCUGGACCGGGUGUACGCGGACAUCGCGGAGCGGGAGCGGCGGAUCGCGGCGGGGGAGGACGUGGGGCCCGAGCGGCUGGAUCUGCUGUGGUACAUGGCGAAGCACUGCCCGGAGCGGGCGGAACUGCGAUCGCAGCUGUCGCUGCUCUUCGUGCCCAACAACGACACGACCUCGAUCUUCACGGGCAACGUGGUGUGGCACCUGGCGCGGAACCCGGAGGCGUGGGCGAAGGUGCGGGCGGAGGUGCUGGCCCACGGCGACGCGCCGCUCACCUUCGAGGCGCUGCGGGGCAUGAAGUACCUCAACGCGUGCAUCAACGAGACGCACCGGCUCAACCCCAACAACGUGUCGCAGGUGCGCAUGUGCAUCAACGACACCACCCUGCCGCUCGGGGGCGGGCCCGACGGCAAGUCGCCCAUCCUGAUUCGCAAGGGCGAUGUCGUCCAGGUCACGAAGACGGUCAUGCAGAAGGAUCCCCUCUACUUCGGGGAGGACGUCGACGCCUUCAAGCCGGAGCGCUUCGUCGAUCAGGCCCAUUUCUGGGAGUUUGUGCCCUUCGGCGGCGGGCCCCGCCGCUGUCCGGCCCAGAUGAUGGUCCAGACGGAGACGGCGUAUAUCCUGGCCCGGUUGGCGCAGGUGUACAGUCGCAUUGAGCCGCGCGAUGAGAAUCCGUUUGUCUCGGUCAUGCGCAUUGGACCGUCGAACAAGACGGGGGUUUUGGUUGCGUUGCACAAGUAG